AUGGACUGGGGCUCGACUCUUGCGCCUCGGCGUGCGCGCCACGACACUGAAGAAGCUGUCUACCUCCCAACUCAGCAUAAUGCGGAAGGCGCAUUGAUGUUCUUGCUCGGCAAUGACUACGAUGAGGAUGCGAGCGAUGAGUUUCUCGUCGGCAAGGCGGCCGUGAAGUAUCCCAGCGCCAGCAACUCCGUGUACCGUGCCAUGAUCACCAUCGGCAAAGACCGCCGUAGCGCCCUCUUGCGCAAAUGGGUGGCCGACUAUUCCACCAAGCCCAUGACCAAGAAGACGGCCAAGAACCUCAGCUUGUUCGAUUCGCCACGAUACAAUCCUGGUAAAGGCGAGAAGCGCAUGCAAGACUCGGCUUGCAGCGAUGUCGGCUGGGGAAAGACGAGAUCGAAGGAGCCUCUGAGUCAGAAGACUGAGAGCCCAUACACGAUGCGUAUGCCCACGGGCGACUCAAGAGCUCGCACGGCCGAGAGUACUCCAACGCCGCAGUCACGUCGGGUCAAGUCGUGCGACUCCGACUCCUUUGUGUUCUUGGAAACGCCGCUUGCUUCCUCCAACGUUGCUGAUAAGCAGGAAGAGACCGGGAGCACGAUUUCGAUGGGUGAUGGAUGGGGUAAGAGCCCUGCUUCUAUGGUGUCUAUGCUUCCACCAUACAUGAGUACCGAACGGGGAUGGGGCAAUGGCGGCCAAGCUCGCCCAUCGUCGUCUGCAGUGAAAUUUGGCCCUGUCAGUCCCGAAUCCUCGCCAUGUUUCGGCGAAGUGAACGCGGCCAGCAGCGUGUACAGCAAAGGCCGGUGCGGAUACAACGAUGACGGCGAAUCCAUCUUUAUUCCAGGCCGGAGGCAAAGCAAGCUUACAGACGACAAUCUCGGAUGGGGCGCGGAAAGUGUACGCUCACCUGCCCCUGAGCGUCCAGAAAAUUCGCUUGAGUUCGCGCUGCUCCAGAACCACGUCGACUGUUUGCAAGAUCGUCUAGACGCCAUGUCGCAAACUCUGGAACAGACAACUCAAUCCCUGGAAGAGCAGAGAAUGGCCAGCGCUACCACCAAGUCCGCCGCUACGGCCGCUACGCACGCCCAGCCAUGUUCUGAAAACUCAAUCAAGUCCUUGAGCGAUCUACUCUCCCUCACCAAGGCUCUCUCGAUCCCGCAGGCGGCCUCUUCAGUCGACAAUGCCACCCGCGAGUCCAUUCAUCGAGUCGAGGUCGAGAUGGCCAAUGCGAGGUGCGCAUUGCCGAAUGCGAGGAUCAGAUGGAACGCUACCCGGGCGACUGGGACACUGGCGAGAUGA